AUGAGCUGCAAUAAGGAGGGGGCAGUUGAAGAAAUAAGUUUAGACCCUGAGGAUGGGGAAGCUACUAACACCUGUUUGGAUGGCCCCUGCUCACUGCAGGACCUCAACUUGGACCCCGAUAUGGGAUCUUUACAGAGACAAAUAAGUGAGAAUGAGGCCAAGACUGAGGACAACUCUGAGUUUGACUCAGGGUCCAAGCUACAGGCACCAGAAUUGGAGAUGGUGGGCCUCCAGGAUCACGGAGAGCAGCCUGUCUCCUCAGCCAGAGACGAAGGGGAUCUUAUGGACUGCUUGCCUCCUGACAGUGACAAGGUUGAGGAUAAGGUGCAACAGCCAACCGACCAAAUGAGCCAGGAUGUUAGAAGCCACUCAUCCCCAAAAAGCUGUGCCAUCCAACAGUCUACUACUUGGGCAGAUACAGUGGCAGACUGCAGCAGAAGAAACAGGCUGGGCAAGAGGUUGGGAGAUGUAAAGCGGGCUUCUGUGGCCCCAGCCCACCACUGUGGGCCCAAAGGAGGCAGGGCCUGCAGGACAAAAAAGAAAAAGAAAGUCACCAAGAGUAAGAAAACAAUCCCUGAGGAUAUCCAAGACCCAGCGUCUGACCCCGACUCAUCAUCAGAUGAAUAUAAUGAGAUGCAAGUGAUGAGGGUGACCAUUUGCUUCAAGAAUGGAGGACAUAUCAUAACUGGCAAUGCUAUGGCUCCUGAAGACAAAACCAAAAAAAGAAAUGUCCAGCUCAGGGGCAAUUUUCAUCAUAUGACUGGUUCUCUGCGUAUGUCUGCUCCCAAGGGCCAUAUCUUGGGCAUAGGAAAGCUAGGGGCCUCUUGUUCUAACAGAAAAGCAUCUGUGUUCAGAGGCAAGGAACAGCUUAGGCCUCGUUACCCAGGAGCUGCUGCGGGUGAGCUGAGGAAGGCCAGUCCUAAAAAGAAAUCAGCCCAGGAGAAGACACCCGUACAAGAUAUCCCAAGAGCCACUGGGCGAAGACCUGUCCCACUGUGGGGGCAGAGACCCACGGCAGCUCCUGUGGAAGUACCCACCUUUCCUCCAAUAAACAGCGUCCCUACACUUGAGAGUUCUAAGAAGCAGGCCACAACACCCCUAGAGGCCACCGAAUCUACACAUGGUACAUCCAGAAAGAGAGCAGUAGCAAAGAAUACAAGGGAAACCCUGCCAGUGGCCAGAGGAGACAGGGGCCUUGUGUGUAAAGACACCAUGAAGAAUUCGACAGUGAUGACCCCAACAUCAGAGUCCUCCAAGGUUAAGGAAAUUGGCCAUGCCCAAGUUCCACCACCCAGGGCAGAGCAGCAGCCUUCCGUGUGCAUGUAUCGUGGAGAAAUGAGCAGUGGAGACUCCAACACCAGAGCCCCUCAAGUUCCAGCAGAUUCCCAGCUUGUGGCCCCGAGCCAGGGAGGCUCCAGCUCCAGCCCCAGCCCCAGAGCAUCUGCACCCUAUGGUGACCAAGAUCCACCUGUGGUUCCCCCACUCCCUGUUGGGGAAAAGCAUCAUCAAGCACCAGGGAUACUGGGAUGUCAACAGCGGUCAUUCGGGCCCUCAGCAAAAGGUUCCAGAAUCUUUGAAGCGAAAGUUCUGCUAUCCACAGUCCUUUCCACGGAAACCUGGGCCUGGCCUGACUAUUCUGCCUGA